AUGGGAAAGAAGGUUUCUAAGAAUUCAAGAGCAUCGCGCCGCUUUGAGGCGCUUGACACCGAAGCACAGACUUUAGCCCAGCUUCCUCGCGCCCAAGAUUUGGAUGUCACUAAUAAGCUCAUAAGAACAGCGUCCAAGAACGAGCAGCUGUUGGAAGCUAAAAUGAGGAAGAAAGACAAGACUAGCAACAAGGUCGGGAAGAAAACCAUCAAAAAAAGCGCUUUGGAGAAUCUGGAUAGUGAAAGAGUAGCGAGAGCGCUCAACAUCUCGAGUAGACUAGACGGAAAGGUGGAAAAGGCGAAAACCAGGGCCAAGUACGUCCAGAGUGCUCGCAAAGCUGGAUGGGAGAGCACUAACGAAAGCAUAAGAAGAGACCUUGCGAAACUUACGGAACGGGAGGGCUCAGUGCCCGAAGCUGCCACCCAAUCUGGCUCUUCUGGAGACCAGGAAGUGGACUCUAUGGUGGAGGACGAUCCUGCAGAGGAAAUCGAGCAAAACCCCCAGGAAGCGCCUUCCGCGGCCGAAAAUAUGUUUGGUCUCCUGGCUGACGACGUGGAGGCCUAA